GAAUUUCCUUUUUUUCAUUUUAAGGUGACAGUACUAGAGAUGUUGGUGAUAACCAUACAACAUUCUUGUGAUUCACAUGCAUGGUUUCACAGCCACCGAGAAAUAUCACCGUUGUGUGACUACGACAUACACUUUUCUUUCUCUCAAACCAUCACAAGAAAACCGCUUAAACCUUCCUACACUUUCUUCAACUUCUCCAUUAAUUCCUCCAUCCAUAAUCACCAUGCUUCUUCUUCAUAAGCUUCCAAAUAUCUUCACUUCUUUAUUCAACUUCCCACAAUAUGGCAACAACCAAUGGAGAAUUAGCAUCACCAAGGGUCCAAUACCCACUUGACUCUUCCUCCUACAAGCUCCUUGAUGAGAUAGGUGCUGGCACCAGCGCCAUUGUCUACAAGGCCAUCUGCCUCCCCAUGAACUCUGCACCGGUCGCGAUCAAGUCGAUUGAUCUCGACCGGUCGCGCCUGAACUUUGAUGACGUUCGUCGCGAAGCCAAGGCGCUGUCUCUGCUCUCUCACCCUAACGUCCUGAGAGCUCAUUGCUCAUUUGCCGUAGACCGCCGUCUCUGGGUGGUGAUGCCAUUCAUGGCUGGAGGGUCCUUGCAGUCCAUCAUCUCUCACUCGUUCCCGGAUGGCUUGGCGGAACCGUGCAUUGCGGUGGUUCUCAAAGAGACCCUCAACGCUCUCUCUUACCUUCAUGGCCAGGGCCACCUUCACAGAGACAUCAAAGCUGGUAACAUCCUGGUAGACUCAAACGGAUCAGUGAAGCUAGCAGAUUUUGGUGUCUCAGCCUCCAUUUACGAAUCCAUGAGUGGCUGCGGACCCAGUUCAUCAUCUUCUUCAUCUCUCAUGUUAACCGAUCUCGCCGGAACACCAUAUUGGAUGGCCCCUGAGGUCAUUCACUCCCACAAAGGCUACAGUUUCAAAGCAGACAUCUGGUCAUUCGGCAUAACAGCUCUUGAGCUUGCACAUGGAAGACCACCACUCUCUCACCUUCCACCUUCCAAGUCCAUGAUGCUCAAAAUCACCAAAAGGUUCAAGUUUUCUGAUCUUGACAAGCACAGAAAGGAAAGUGGUAAAAACAAGUUUUCAAAGGCUUUCAGAGACAUGGUUGCUUCUUGUCUUGAUCAGGAUCCUUCUAAGAGACCAACUGCAGAGAAAUUGCUGAAGCAUGCGUUCUUCAAGAACUGUAAGACUCCAGAGUUUCUCGUGAAGAAUGUGUUGCAGGGGUUGCCGAGUGUUGAGAAGAGGUAUAGAGAGAGUAAGGCUAUGAAUGAUGAUGAUGAUGAAGAGAAUGAAGCAGAGAUGAAACAGAGUGCGAAACAGAGGAGGAUCAGUGGUUGGAACUUCAAUGAAGUUGGAUUGGAGUUGGAGCCAGUUUUCCCCAAUUGUGAUUAUUUGAAUUCCCCUAAGGAUGAUCCAUCUAAACAAGUUCAAUUUGAAGUUGAGCCCGUGAUCCAAGACAUGGGUGGAAAAUUAGAAGAGCAUGCUGAAAACCCAACUGAUCCUGGUGAGGUUGAAGUGGAAAAGACUACAUUGGUGGAAAAAGUAGUUGGUGGUGUUGAGGUUGUGAACAAUGGUGAAUCCAUGUUGGCUACUUUGAAUGUGUUGAAAGGGAGCUUGGAACAGGAGCUGGGACAGGUCAAGUUUCUGAUGAAUCUGAUAAGAGAAGGUGGAGAGGAGAUUCAAGAUGGUGAUGGUGAGGGGAAAGAGAUUUCUAGGCUGAGGAAUGAGUUGGAAAAUGAGAGGAAGAAGAACUUGGAGUUGGAGUUGCAGCUAGAGGAUUUCAAGCUUCAGCUUUCUUCUGCUUAAUUCUAAAAUCUAAUUAUUGAAGGUCUCAAAACAGUUAACAUCUAAUUAAACCAGAACAUGUGAUUCUGUGUAUAAGACUAUGUCUCUGAACCUGACAAGUUGUAUUUGUAUAAAUAAUUGCUUAGGUUGUAGCUUUUGAGUACUUACUACUUGCUUUAGCAAUGCCUCCUUAUGAGUGAUUGAUGAACUCUUAUAAUUGAAAAAUACAUAAUUGCUUAGUGUAAUAAUUGUCAAUAUGAUGACAUAUGAUAAUGAGCACGUUUUGAAUUUUACAUUUUA